AAGAUCCAGGACAAGGAGGGCAUCCCUCCCGACCAGCAGCGCCUGAUUUUCGCCGGCAAGCAGCUUGAGGAUGGCCGCACUCUUUCCGACUACAACAUCCAGAAGGAGUCCACUCUCCAUCUCGUCCUCCGCCUCCGUGGUGGUAUGCAGAUUUUCGUCAAGACACUCACUGGAAAGACUAUCACGCUGGAGGUUGAGUCAUCCGACACGAUUGACAACGUGAAGAGCAAAAUUCAAGACAAGGAGGGUAUUCCUCCCGAUCAACAGCGUCUAAUUUUUGCCGGCAAGCAACUCGAGGAUGGCCGCACUCUCUCCGAUUACAACAUCCAGAAGGAGUCAACACUCCACCUGGUGCUCCGUCUGCGUGGUGGUAUGCAAAUCUUCGUCAAGACCCUGACAGGCAAGACUAUUACACUGGAGGUUGAGUCAUCCGACACUAUCGACAACGUGAAGAGCAAGAUUCAGGACAAGGAGGGUAUUCCUCCUGACCAGCAACGCCUCAUCUUUGCUGGUAAGCAAUUGGAAGACGGUCGCACCCUCUCGGACUACAAUAUCCAGAAGGAAUCGACCCUUCACCUGGUGUUGCGUCUGCGCGGUGGCCAGUAG